AGACGGACACAUUAAUUAUAUACAUUCCCGAAAUCAAAAGGAAAAAAAAAAAAGUUUACGGAAGGCCAUAACGGAAUUUCGUUCAGAGAGAACAUUCGUUUAUCUUACACCGCUCUAUGACGUAGCAGCCCUCCCAUAAAGUGGUUUUGAUGACCGACAUAUCUUUUUGACAACUCUUUUACUGAACGGAAACACAACCCUUAUAUAUAUAUAUAUAAACACACACAUAUAUAAGCUACGGUAUACACAGACGGCAACCUUCAGAGACCAUUUUUUUUCAUAUUAUCUUUGUUCUUUCCCUUCUAUUUGCCUCGGAAUAAUUUCAAUAAAGUCCUGCGUUAAUGCUGGGGGCAAGAAAACUGCCUCGAGGUUAGGCUAAAUGGCCUUUUCAAAAUCUAGGAGAGGAAAACUACUGAAACUUAAUUGGAAGACGAUUCCCUUGUCGUCGUCGAGGUGGUCUUUCUGGCCACACAGCUGGUGCGAAAGCAUGUUCUCCUGCUGCCGAACUGGUCACGAGCCUGUAACGGCCCUUUUACCAAUGAAGCCUGUUAAGUCAUCUUCAAUGACAGACGAUAACUCAGACCAACCGAUAGUAGCAGUCUGUGUUGUUUCAGACCGUCUCAAAUGUCCCCCAAAAUAUUUCCUUCUUGAUCGAACCGAAGAUGGCAAAGAUGAUGCUGAUUUAUGGCGAGACAGUUUAUUUGGACGACGCUACUACCGUUACAUCUGCUACAAGAAAUGUAAUCCAAUGCCUGACGAUGACGUCCUGGUAGAUGUGGCCAUAAUUAACGACAAAGACUCCGUACCUGCUGGCUUCACAGUGCUUGAAUAUACAGAAGAUACACAUGAGAAAUCUCUGAAGAAAAAAAGCCUCUGUUUUCGGUGGAUGAGCUAUCGUCUGACUAAUGCCGCUAUAUCCAAACUGAUCCUUUUAAGUAAAUCCAUGCGCAGACCUCCCUCUGGUUACACCGUUAUCGGAGAUAUUAACAACAUGCUGCUGUGUUUCAAGAUGGUCAGCCUGGCCAAAACAAACAUGAAUUAUUCUCGGUCAAAUGAAAUCUCUUCCCAUCACGUACUGACCGCAACCACCUCACAGUCAAGAUUAUGCUUAACACCAGUAGAAAAUGCUUUGCCUUAUGUGAUGAACCCAACAAUGGCAGCAAGCAACCCCAAUUUAUCUUCAUAUAGUUCUUCUGAAGACAAUAUUUCAAGACUAGUUACUAAUACAAAAUCACCGUUGACUGAUAUUCCUUGGCAAUUGAAUCCAAAAUUAGAGAAAGCCAGCCGCCUACAGAACGUUGUAAUUCCAAAAUUUGUUUGUAAAACAAUGAAAGAUUUAGAUCAACAGUAUGAAUACUCAUUUUGGUUGGAGAAAUCCAUCUUGUCGGCAUAUUCUUCAAACGUCAGUUAACAACCUCCACCCUAGCAACUACCGCUACUGCUACUUCUUCUACGAUGACAACAACUACAACAGCAACCAUUGCUUGCUAGUACUACUACUACCACCACCAUCACUAAUAUUACUACUAACUACAGCUGCUACAUGCUACAUAUUGCUGCAGCUGUACCUGAAACAGUACUGUUCCUAUAGCCUCUCAGUCAUACUUUAGUACAACUACUACUACUACUACACACUAUUAGUACUACUACUACUACACCACUUCAAUACUACCACCACCAUUACUACAACCUGUACAAAGAACUACCAUACUCUACUACUAUUACUAUUACUACUACAGGUUCUUUAGGUCAUAAUUUAUUUUUGUUAUUUAAUUUUACCCGUGUCUCCACCCCAGGACAACAAUGUCUACCCUAGUCCAACAGGGUGUCUACCCCAGGACAUCAGUAUAUCCACCCCAGUGUAUCAGUGCAUCGACUCCAGUAUUGUAGAGUGUCUUAGAGUAUCUUCUUGGUUAGGGAGACACCAUUCUAAUUUACUACAACCAUUGAGGAAGAAAUAACAGUCAAAUAGCCCUCAGAUCACACCCUGCCAACUUGAUAGGAAAAAGGACACGUUAGACCAUGUCGUUCAGGAAAAUAUAUCUGAGAAAAUAAUCAAAAACAAAAUGAAUGUGGAUGAUCACAUCUGGAACGAUUUUGGUUUGGUCUCACUCAACAGUGUAUUGUCUUUGAAAAAAAGGGACCAUUUCAGGUAAUAAAGACACUUCUCUGUCGUUUCUCUUCUUUGUUCAGUGUAACAGCUAAAGCUCCCAAAAUUUAAACCCGAAAGCAAACAGAGAGAGGUUGGCUGGCACAGGCACCUUGGCUCAAAUUCUUCAAAUCAUCAGGAAUUGAUAGGAUAUUAUCUGUUUCUUUGGAUAAUCUGAGCUUGCUCGUGUCAUUCAAAAAAAAAAGAUGC